UGCUGAAACGUAAACUAUUGACUUUUAUUUUGAAAGCUGAAUGAGGUGUUACGGAGUACGUGCAUCAAAUCCACCCGACUCAACCUCAUCCGGUUUAACCCGACGUAGAAAGAUUAAUAAGGCACUUUGUCUUAUGAUUGCGAGGGAUAAAAUAUGAAAACGUGGUAAAUAUGACAACAUUAGCAGUUGAAUUGCUAUUUUGAACCACUCGGGAAGUGGUUACAUUCCACGUAUAGGUUUUGUGAGUAUUAUUUUGAUAGGGUUAGCAUCAUCACAUGCCAAAUUGUACUUACACGGACCAACACAAUUACACAUUUCUGUGGAGGAAGUUCAGCAAAUCAAUCGGAUUGUAUUAUUCGUCUUAGUACAAUUAAUUUGCCCUGCUUUAACGUCGUCUUUUAGAAAAUACACUUGUGCAAUGUAGUGAACAACGCGAAUGUGCUAUCGGUGUAUUAUUGUAGAACAGAUGGGUGUAUGGAACUGUGUCACACUUGCUGGACCCCAUGGUUAAUUGGACUGGUUGAGGUUCAUAUUACAACAGGUUCUGCAGGACAGCAUCAAUGCUAUUAUCGGUGGAAGGGAUAAGUCAUGUGUAAUUCCUUAAGAAUGCACAAGACUGCUGUGCAGAAGACGUUUUGAUUUUCGAUAAUUGUCAGAUAUGCUUCUGAUACAGGAACUAGUUUUACAACAUAUGAGUUAAACACUGCUUGGACAUGUCCCUGCUCGAGGCAAUCUUUUAAAGAAACACUGGACUGCUGUAUUGCCGAUAAUUCAGAAGAAUCAUACAUCAUUGUAUGUAUUCUUCAAAGAGGACUCUACCCCCGUUUCAAAAGAUUGUGAUUUUCCACAAAUGGCAAAAAUGUUAAACAGCCCAAUACAACACACCAUUGGACCAGUGUCAGCCACGAUGCCUUGUGUGACGGUAAAAGAAGAAAGAGAUGAUAUGGAGCCGUAUCAGUCUACACAUUACAUUUCAAGGCAAGAUUUCAAAGUGGAAAAUCCUUAUGAUGGAAUGUACGACGACUGCAACGGCACAAACCAUUUAACAAGCCACACAGACGACAACCAGCAGCACUCUUCGGACGACGAUUCAUCCAGAGACUCCUCUGAUGAUGAAGCGGGGGAAUUUAAUCCAGAGGAAAUCGGAGGACCGAUUUCACACGACACUGAUUCGGAUUCCUCUUCCGAGUCAAGUUCGAGCGGGUCAUCCAGCAGUUCCUCCUCUACCGAGACCAUGGACGACACUGGGGACGACGUCCCGGCCGUGACACAGCUGAUGUGUGAGAACUGUGGCAAAGGGCCCUUUAAGAACCUCAAAGUCCACCUGCAUCACUGCAGCGGCAUGGCGAGUCCGUUCCAAUGCUCAGUAUGCAAGAAGAGCUUCCGCAAUGAGAAGGCUCAGCUAAAGCACAGGGCGCGUUACCACGUGUGCUUCCUCUGCAGCGAGGUGUUCGUCCACUGGAGCCUCUACAGGUCUCACGUGUGUCCCAAGGGCCCCAAGCCGCUCUCCCCGACCAUCUUCUGGAGCUGCUCCACGUCGCCGCCCAAUAAAUGCAAUAUUUGUAAAGCCUGUUUUGCUACCAAGAAUAGUUUGCUAAGUCAUAUGGUCUUUGUUCACAGUACCAAGGUGACCUCCAAAGUUUGCAUUAUUACGAACCCUGCCCUGAUGACGCCGAUCAGCACUGCCUCUGCCGCAGGUGGAUCUGGACUUGUCUUGUCCUCCAGUGGAGUCGCACCUUCUCAGGAUAUCAGAGGAAUCACCCCCACUAUGAAUGGACAUUGUUUUAAGACAGACGAGGGUUUACUAAACGGGCAUGUGGCCAACUUCGUGACUGAUGUUCAGACCCCUCCUCACAAGAGCAAAACCAAACCACAGGCUCCUGUCCAGAGUGUGUUCCAGCAUCGCGUGAACACUAGAUCCAGAGCGGCGUCUAUAGCAGCCAACGCCGGAGCAACCAGUGCCUUGACUCGGCAAGCAAAACCGUCCUGGACGGCCGCCACUGUGGUCUGCAAAGCUAAGCCGACGGCCGAGCAUCCCCCCAUCGUCAUGAGGAUCUCCAAAACCAAGAGCCAGGAGCCCAAGAAGAGUCUGCGCACAAGCUGGCGUUCCAAAGGCUCGUACCCCUGCCGGCAGUGCGGCGCCGUUUCCCAGCAGCCCUCGCUCGCCGUCUCCCACCGCUACCGGCACCGCGGCCGCCGCCUGCACCGCUGCCAGUGUGGGCGCAGCUUCCUGCGGCGGCUGCAUCUCCUGCGACACUGUGUUCAGCACGCCGAGGCCAGCAGCUAUAUAUGUGCCAAGUGUGGAGAAACCUUCCGAGGAGCUAAACUCCUUGUGGAGCAUUUAACGGGCCAAUCAAGGAAACCUGCGGGUGUUUCCUGGACACAAAAGUCAAGGAAGAGUUGCAUCAAGAAAGUUCCCUUUUGUUGUGAAUGUGGAUUGUGCUUCGACAGACCUUCUGCUUAUAUAUGGCACCAACUUCAAAACAUGCAAAAACCAAAGGUGCAUAGAAAACGCUUAAAGUGAGACUUUAUAACAGAUCCAUUUCCUGUUGAAUAGGUUUGUGUUGUUUGUUCCCCAACACAUGCAUUCAAGUUCACACAAGUUUUUUUACCUUCUAAAGUCUUCCAUUUUAUGAUUACAAUGGUUUGGUAUUUGUGACUUUAGAUAUGGCACUGAACAUUAUUUUAUUUAUACAUAUUGAUUGAUGAAAAGGAAAUUAAAACAGGACACCUUCUGAUAAAAUGUUUUAUUAUAGUUUUUGUCUUGCCUGCAAAACUGUUGACAGACAAAUGUAACACAAAUGCAGAUUAUAUAAAAUAACUGUUCUGUUUAUUCUGAAUAAUUAUCCAUAUUCCAUAUGACAAACCCAAGGUGAGAUGUUUCUUUACCUAACUCUAAGACAGAACAUUGGAAGACCUUUUGAAUAGUUUUUAUUCAAUUGAUCAACAAUCCUCGCUGACAUUUCAAAGUAUGGUUUAUCAUUUGUUAGGAUGAACAACUUUGUGAAACCAGGUUAUUAAAAGUUUUGUUAAAGACGGUUUUCAUACUUGCCCGAUGCCUGUUUUCUUAAUCUUAAACUAGCCAUGUAAAGGCUUAUAAUGCUUAGGUUAAAAGUCAGUGGCACAUUGUUGGUAGUUGUGUUCCAGCUGCGGUCUACUUUGUGAAUCACCAGCAGAUGGGGCUAUUUGUGUAUAACCACCAGAUUGGCCUGUUCGGUUGCCAAUAGCACAGCGGUGUGUAAGCCCAGAUAUUCAUUUUAUACACCUGAUCAGCAUUGAUCCAUGAAUGAGCUUUAAUGUUCACUAAUAGUUUUACUAGAAGUAGGAAUAUGGUAAACAAUAAUCUUGAAAGGGUUUUGUAAAUUCAAUAAAUACAAAAACUUUGUAGCAAACAAUUAUAAUCAAUUUGUGGGCUUUUUAACUUUUCAUUUCAAGUAGAAGCUAAACAGCGAUGCGUCAGAAGCAAGCACUUUCCUACAAAAUAUAUUUUUGUAUUCCCCAGGAAUAAGGCAAUGUUAGCCUCUUUAUGAAAUGUAGCGAAAUCAACACACUAAUAUUCAUACAGGCCAGAGACUACAGAAUAGUCUCCAAAAGUCUAUGCAGCAUUUAACAUAUAAAAUAAAAUAAAUCAUACUUCUUUGAAGUACAUUCAGUGUGGUUCAUACAGGGUUUGUAUCUGUUGAGCAGCUUUAGAACGACCAAUCAAGAUAUUAUAUUGUGCAGGUUUUUCAUGUUGCGGCAUGUUACCGUGUUAUUGGCGUGUUAUCUACUGGCUUCAUACUUGGCUAGACUGAGUUCCAACGGACCUGACUCCCGAGAGUGGCCAAAGAGUCCCGACUGUGCUACCUGAUAUCUGGGUUGCGGUGGCACAGCGCUCGGGACAGGAGCUCGGAAGUCUGCUGGAAGCAUUGGUUCAGAUCGUCUAGCUUCUGCUCCAUGGACAGGAUGCGCUGCUCCAGCUCCCGGUACGAGUUGUUCCAGUUGGCGCUCAGGUCGCAC